CAACAUUCAUUCAUGCAAAACUUAACUAUUGCUGAAUUCUAACUUUUAAAAUAGAUCUCAAAUUCCGAUUUUAUUCAUGUAUAAUAUUUAAUAGGUCUUAGAUUUGUAAAGUUAAAAAUAUUAAUGAUAAUUAAAACUACACACUAAAAAUUGCAGAUCUUAAGUAUUCUUAAUUGGGUGAGUAUGAGAAGGAGAUACUAAAUAAGAUUGAUUCUCCAAGAAUUAUCAAAUUUAUAGAUCUGAGAGUGGAACAAUAAUAUUCAUUAACAAUUUUAGAAGACUUUGAAUGUAUUAUUUGUGGGAUUGAAACUAGAUACUCUCGAAGAAUUUUGGUAUUAAAAUAAUCAACAGUUUUCAGAAAUCAUGGCUUUGGAAAUAACUAAAAAUAUUUUAGAGGGAUUAGAAAUUUUAGAAUAAUAAAACAUUGUUCAUGCAAAUUUAUGUAUGAAAAAUAUCUACAUAAAAUAAUUUAAUUCAAAAAUAGCAAACUUUGAAUAUGCCCACUUUAAUAGAAAAGUUUUAUAAAUAUUUAUAAAUUUAGAGUUUACUUUAAGCAUAAGAAUACCAUAAUAAUGCUCCUGAAUAGUUCACACCAGUAUAUCUAUCAUCCAAGACAGAUAUUUUCUCUCUUGGUUGUAUGCUAUUUGCGAUGAUUUUUCGAUAAUAUCCUUUUAAUGCUGACAGUAUCCAUAAUUAUUUUGAGUAAAUAUAAUAAGGUAAUUUAAUUCUAUUAGACUUUUAGGGUAGCUUUAGACUAAUGAUGACAAAGAUAUGAAAGAAGAUAAUUUUGCUAUCAAUUUAAUAAAACAAAUGGUCUAAUAUAAUCCUAAGUAAAGACCUGAAAUUAAGGAGAUUAUACAAAUGAUAGACAAAAAAAAUGGAAAUAAAAUGGGGUAAACUACAGUGUUCCAAACUUAAACACCUUAAACCAAUCCGAAUCUUUGGGGAGGAAAUAAUCAAAAUUUUAUAUUAGAAACUCAACAUUUUACGCUUGAAUUUGUUGAAUCCGUCUCAAAGAAUGCUUUAUUUUUUUUUGAAGUUGCAGAAAAAUUUGGAGGAAAAUAAUUUUAUCAUUGGAAAAAGACUACGUAUCCUAGAUUUAUGUUGUACAAAAGAAGCUAUAGCGAACUUUUAUAGUUUACUAAAGAUGCCAGCGCAAGAACUAAUCCUAAUGAAUUCAAAAUAUGUCUUGAAAAAAAUGAAAAAACUUUAUUUAAAUUAAAAACCAUUUUGGAAUAAAUUUUGAAGUUGUUAAAGUAUUUCAUAUUAUUUAAUUUAGAAAUAAAGAGGAAUACUAGUAUUAAAUCACUAAAUGGGAACAAGAAUUGAAUAUCGAUACAAAUGCACUAUUCUAUAAUAAUUAUCAAAAGGCUCUUUAAUAUUUAUUAGAGUAUUUUAAAGUAUCUUAAAUACCUUAUUCAAAAUAAAAAGAAUCGUAAUAGAAAUUAAAGGAAAUGUUAAUUCUUUAACUCUAGGUUCAGGCAUGUGUAACUUUUAACCCACAUUUUGAUAAUCAAAAGACUAAGUUGGAAGAAUUAGAAGAAUUUGAAAAAUAAACAAAUGAAUUCCUCCUAAAGAAGGCUGGAUAUGAAAAAUGAAUUAUAAUUUAAUU